GCGUUUUCGUCAAUUAUCUCGAGAAAAAAACCAGACCAUUCAUUCAUUGAUCGAUCCCAAAAGCUUGCAGAGAGAUAACCAGUCCUUGUUCUCCGUAUAAUCCAGCUCCAAAAUACCCGAAAAGCCCUAGAAUCUCACACGUAAUAUCCAUGGCGAGGACAGCUUCAUCUCCAUCACAGUUCCAUGCCCUUCUUUCUUCAAAUCCUUGUGAAUUUCUUCAAAGGAAAUCAUGCAUUUCUUCCACACCAGUUCGCUACAGAAAAACCCUAAGAGUUUUAGCUAUGGCCCCUAAUAAGAAGGUGAACAAAUACGAUGAGAACUGGCAGAAGCAGUGGUAUGGGGCGGGCCUAUUUGCGGAGGGCAGUGAAGAACUGCAAGUUGAUGUGGUGAAGAAGCUCGAGAAGAAGAAGGUUCUGAGCAAUGUGGAGAAAUUAGGAUUCCUAUCAAAGGCCGAGGAAUUGGGGUUUACACUCUCCUCAAUUGAAAAGUUAGGGUUUCUAUCCAAAGCAGAGGAACUGGGGUUACUUAGCCUGGUGGAACAGGCUGCAGGAUUUUCUCCUUCGGCACUUGCAGCAUCUGCAUUGCCGCUAUCGGUGGCUGCAGUGGCAGCAGUGGUAGUGAUUCCUGAUGACUCUAUAGCACUAGUUGCUGCUCAGGCAGUACUAGCAGGGGCACUAGGUGUGGCAGCAGCCGGGGCUUUUUUGGGAUCGGUGGUUCUCGGGGGCUUGCAGGAAUCGGAUUGAUAGUUCUUCCUGAUAGAAUUGGAGGCUGUAUGUCGAUCACAAAGUUUAUGAGUUAGAUAAUGCAAUCGAAUGCUUCUUUUAGACAGUCUCAUGGUCACAACAAGAAGUCCCUUCGAAUUGAGCUAUAGGUUGGAUGUCAUUGUUUCUUCUUCUUUAGGCUUUUUAUGAAGAAACAAGCAUGCAUCUUCUGAGACCAUAACUCUUGACUUUUGUUCAGUUAAAUUUUAUAUGAAGAAAUAUAUUCAUUCCAAUGAUUUAA